UGUAGGAAUCAUACAAGCAUUGAGUUGUAAUGUAACAAGUAUCGUAGAUAUAAAAGUAGUUUCUAUGUUGAGUUGAGAAGGAGAGUUAUAUUAACUUAGUUUUUAUGCUGAGAGCGAUAGAGAAGCGGUUAUAACUGCAAGAGAAGGAAUGUAGGGUAGCAGCUUAUUUGCUAUUUAUAUGGACGCCUAUAUUUAGCUAUACACAAAGCGUGUAUAAAUACACAUACGCAUGAUUGCAGCCGUCGACAAAAUAUCCUCGGUGAAGAUCUCACCGGGAAAGAGAGAGCCCGUGUUUCCUUUUUCCGGUGGAGAUCGAUUGAUCAUGACAGUACUGACGAUUGCGUAGUGAGCUAGAAAUUGCGGAAUGACGAUUUUGCCCAAGCAAUUGUCAGCGGCUUGCGACUGUUACAAGAAGAGGAAGGUGGUCGCGAAUUGCGAUGCGGCAUUGAUCAAUUUCGAGGAGCUGCCCGAGUAUAUGAAGGAUAACGAAUUCAUCCGGAAUUAUUACCGAUGCGAAUGGCAGUUGAAGGAUGUUGCUCUCAGCAUUUUCUCUCUGCACAACGAGUCCCUCAACAUUUGGACGCAUUUAGUCGGAUUUUUGAUAUUCUCAAAGAUGAUGAUAAUGAGUUUGAACGAAAAAACGAGCCUCAGAAAUGUCAGGGCGGUCUUCUUCGGGAGCGGAAGUGAUGGAUGGUUGUCAAUGAUAACUGUCAGCUCUCUCUUGAAAUCUCUCUCUUCACUCUCUCUGAAGAAUGAUUCCUACAUAGGAAAGGUAGCUGGAUUAGGAAGCUUGCAUACACAAGAAGAGCAUGCCACUUCAGUUCCUAUAUGGCCAUGGCUGAUUUUCUUGAGUGGAGCAAUGAUCUGCUUGAUUUUCAGCUCAGUUUCCCACCUCUUCGGCUGCCAUUCCCGGCGCUUCCACUACUUCUUCUGGCGGCUCGACUACACCGGCAUCUCCCUCAUGAUAGUCUGCUCCUUCUUCACCCCAAUCUUCUACAUCUUCGCAGACCAACCAUACUGGCGCUUCUUCUACCUCUCCUCGGUCACCAUACUUGGCGCUGCUGUAGUCGUGACCCUGCUCGCCCCCUCGCUAGCGAAUGGCCGCACCAGGUCUUUCAGGGCUACCCUCUUCCUCUGCAUGGGGUUCUCGGGUGUGGUCCCAGCCACCCACGCUGUGAUCCUGCACUGGGAUCAGCCGAAGAUACGUGUGUCCCUCAUGUACGAGGUUGUCAUGUGGCUCAUGUACGGAGCUGGAGCCCUUAUCUACGUAACUCGGGUUCCCGAGAGAUGGAAGCCCGGUGCGUUUGAUAUUGUUGGCCAUAGUCAUCAGAUCUUCCAUGUUUUCGUCGUUGCUGCUGCGCUUGCUCACUGCGCUGCCAGCCUCAUGAUCAUGGACUGGCGGUGCAGCUUGCCGCCCUGAGAUUCUUGCUUUCUUCUCUCGCUUAGCUAGUCUACAUGUUUAAUAUAGGCAAAUGAGAAUGAUUAGCCACUCAGUGUAACAUUAGUCAAUUAAUGGCUCUUCAAAAGUAAA